AUGACUUCCCUCCUGAAAGGGCCCACGGUAACGGGGCAAGGGGGACAACUCAAUCAACCAUCAUUUAAGGCAGGCCCCUCUCCGGAACUUGCAGUCACAAACAAACCGACCCAUGAUCCCUAUCUUCAAGACCGACCCAACAAGCGAGUGGAAUUUGACGAUAUCAAGAGCAACACCAGCGAGAGGACCGAGUGGGAGGAGAGAUCCUUUGUACCACGGCGCUCAGAUACGACUUGCUCGAUCUUCUCUCACGCCUCAACAGUUACCAACACUACCGAGCCAGACCCCCUGAGUCCAACCACUGCCUCCUUCGGAGCAACGAACCUUUCUCAAUAUUCUUCGUCGCCCUCGUUGAUGGAAUCCCGGUGUGGCUCACCCGCUCCAAUGGCAUUCCAUGCUGGGACAUAUUUCAGACCGGAAGCAGAACUGGAAAAUCACCCUGUGGAUAUGACGACAGUACCGGCAAACUUCACUGCUGAGGGCUCAUCCUUGCCGAAGCAUUUCUUCUUGCCGAACUUGAAGCCGAGACGAACAUUUCGGGACCAGGACAAGCUUAGAAAGAAUAUGCAAGACCCAGUCCGACAUCUGCCCAAGUUCAGGAGGGAAGACAGUAUGAGCAAAUAUGGGCUGUGCCAGGUCGGCCCUCCUUCCGACGCCACGCAUCCUGAAGAGCCGUUUGUCAGCCAGAUCACCGCAGAGCUACGGGCGGAGUCCGCAGGUGAUCCAAAGGUCGUCUUGCCGGUCCGCCUGAAGGAGGAAUCUGAAUCACUGGUACCAGAUGCAGAGCCAUCCCGCAAUCUCGAUUUGCCAAACCUCCAAGGCAUACAAAUUGAUGAAGCGACCGAUGAAAACAUGCACAAAGAUACGACAGAAGAAGAAGUUCCGCAAGACGUCGACACACCCACGACCGGGAACGGGUCAACGCCCGAAGGGCUUUCUCCGUUGAUCAUGACCCCUGGUCCCGAUGAGCCGGAGGAUAUGGAGACUUCCCAGAGCCCCAUCUUGGACGCGGGGCUGAUCCAAGACGUUUGUGAACAAAUCCUUAGGCAAGCGUUCGGUACAGAGUACGACGACAUUGCACAUACCGAUGCGGCUGGUGAAGCGUACAACACCGUCAGCUACUGCCUGGAUGAGCUAUCAAGGAUUCUUCCGGAUGACAGUCUGUUCAACUCCGCCAUCUGCAUCCAAGAACUGCCUCGCGGAGCGGGUCACAUCGCGCCGGCCCGGCAAGAAGGAAGCGGCUCAAACUCUGGAAUGGGCCGUUGUGGCGGAGCGAACAAUGGGUCACAGAAAAGACCGAACGACGACAGUGACGGGUACCCCAGCCGGGGGCAUGAAGACGGUUCUGGUCCCGGAGAUCGAGGUUUCGGCGGCGGCGGUCAUGAUGGUGGGAAUAAAAGAACAAAAAUGACGGCUGGGCCUGAGGAUCAGAGGCUGAGCUGUCCCUUCCGCAAGAGAAACCCCGAGAAAUUUAAUAUCCGCGACCAUGAAGCCUGUGCUGUUCGGCACUAUCGCGACAUAUCUCAGCUGAAGUGUAAAGAGGACUUGGGGUCUCGUGAAGCAUUGGACGCGCACAUGGCAGUGCCCAAUGACAGAAUCUGCAGUCCACAAGAGGGAUCCGCGAGCCGCAAUCCGGAGGAUGGCAUCACGGCUCGACAUGAAUUUCUGCUUAAUAACCGGAAGGCGGAUGGCAAGAUUGAUAACUGGCAAGACCUCUGGCACAACUUGUUCGGUUUAUGCGAGGUCGUUCCGGAUCCCGAUUUUGAGCCCCCAGUCGAGCGCGAAGAGUUUUACAGAGACCUGCAGAAUUAUCGCCCACACCUUGUCCAGGCGCUGAGCAGGAGUGAAGAGCUGAGACGUUCUGAAAACCAACAGCCAGAGGAACAAGGCGUGGGGCGACUGGUUGAAAUUUUCUACGACCACAUUGACCAAGUCUUGGAAAUCUCUCGUCGCAAGCCAACGAACAUGGUCCGCCGCCAGAGGAGCGCUAGACGUAACGCGAGAGCUGGAUCUUCGAAUUCCCAAAGCCCAAUAAGCCCGGUGAGCCAGAAACAGGGCCAGAGACAUAAUCAACUUGCGGUUCCAAGGCCGAUUGUCAAGAAAGGGGUCACCAACGGCGACAGCAACGGAGGAAGCCUGGCUUCUUCUCUCGAGACGAUCAACAGCGCCGAGUCAUGGGCGAAUGUAGGCCAGGCAGAGCUGAUGGCAACGAGAGCGGCUCCCGGCUUAACUGGUUCGGGGAUCGUGCAAUCACGCCAGGGACAGGUUGUCCAGACGGGCGUCGGCGUAGUCGCACCUCCCUUCGGCCCUGGUCAGAGUCGAGAGCUUGAAUUUCCCGCAACUCCGAGCCCAGUCACUCCCAGAACACCCAUCAAUCCUCAGGCCGGUUUUGGCGUUUACGGCAAUGGGGUCGUCAACCUGAACCAGCCAGCUCAAGUUACCGGGUUUCACCAUGGUCGACAGGAUCUGGUAGAUUCAGGGAUCGAGAUGGUGAAUUAUUGUCCUCCAACCCAAGGCAUGAACGGAUUGAAUGAUAUCCAUCGAGCCGAGGCCAGGGGAAUGUUCGGACCAUCGCCACAGCCGCAGCCACAAAGGCCUACAGAGAUGAACUUUGGGGGGCUUCUGCCUCAGCAUCCGGCUUAUCAACAACAGUCAGGACAUAUGGAGCUGGUCAGCCCUGAUGAUCCUCAAAUGGCCAUGGGAGGGAUGUAUGCUUCCACUUUUGACUGGGGCGUUGCGGUGUCAGAUUACAUUGCGCUGUAUCCGUGCACGGACCAUCCUUCCCGUUGCUCCUCCGUUCUACUACGACUAACACCCGAUAAGGAUAGCCCCCGCGCUAUAAGGAUAACCGAUAAGAUAGAUACAUACCUAGACAGUUCCUUGAAGUCCAAGAAACUCAACCUCUUUUCUUCUCUUUCAUUACUUAUACAUCAGUUUCUAGUACGAUAUCGACAUACUCUUCAAACUUCUGUGCCUGAUCCCAUUGGGGGACUCUGGGGUGAAGAUGAGGUUGGGGUUUUCGCCAAUGGUUAUGGUGGUGCCAUCGGGGAGCUGGACCUUGCGGAUGAUGAGGCCAUCUGGGGUGGAUGUGAUGGCAGAGGAGGCAAUGGCAGCAGCGGUUGA